AUGCUUACGAAUGAAAUAACUAGUCAAAUCACUGAAACUAAAAGACUAAUUGAUAGCCUUAAUAACCCUCUUAAUCCCUCUCUCUCUUCCCCCUCUCCCUCUGCUGACCCAGCCAAAUUGCAGUCCAAGUUGGAGGCUUUGAGGAAAGUGGAGGAGCUUUGUGGAUUUUUGACUAAUCCUAAAAAUGCGUCAAAUGAUCCUAAAAAGCUCUUAGAUAAUUUAUGUGACGGCCUCGAAACCUUUCUCGGCUUCAACUCUGCUUCCAAAGGCUACGAUGGCGCUGGCAUUGUGUACUCUGACCUUGAUAGGCUGUGUGACGGGGUGAUGGCGUUUUUGUAUCAGGUGCUUAAGGAUGUCAGCGAGAAACAGCCUUACAGUGUGGGUAAAAGAGAGAUAAAUGAAACUGUUGAAAUGCUUAAAAAUAAUUUAUCCACCGGGCGUAAGGGUUUUAGUGUCAUUGCGCAGGUGGCGCAGAGGGUGCGGGAGUAUAAUGAGAGUGUUAGAAAGGGGAACGAUGAUAUGCAAAGCGUUGUAACUAAAAUGCGAAAUCACGUUGAAACUGAAUUAACAAAAAAGUUGAACGCCAUAAAUGAAAAUAAUCUCACUCAUGACCCUUUACUUUCCAAGGCCGUGGAGUCAGCCCAGGCCCUGGCCAAGGAGUACGGUCAAAAAGGUGAAGACUUUAACAACGGUUUCAAUAACAUAACAAGAGACGAAUUCAGUAGACGUUCCAAAGUUGAACUCAAAGAACAAUUUAAGGACUUAAACUCUGACUUGAGAUCAAAAAUCAACAACGCCAGGGACAACGUGUCGCAUGAAGCCAAUAGGCUUACAACGUUGUCGGCCACGCAGAAAAGAAAUUUGGAGGAGACGAUUGAAUUGAUAAAACAGACGUGCACAUCGCUUAAGAAGUGCGUGAAUGAUAAGAUCAACAAAGACGUUACUGAACUAAUGAACAAUGUGGAGAAGAGGGUUGCAGAAAUUUUGAAGGUGCUCAAAGAGAUUGAAAGUAAGAUGAGAGAGUAUAUUGACGAGUUGGCAAAGUGGAUUAACCAUGCGGACAUAGACGUGGGAAAGGCAAUGAAGGAUAUGAAAGGAAUUAUUGAUGGUGGUGUCGGCUUCAUGUAUAAUGAUGCCUUAAAGGACAAAACGAAAGCGCUGAAAGAAAAGGCUGAACACGUUUAUUGGAGUUUCAGCAGUACAAAAGAUCAAGUGGCGGAUAUGGUUGAUAAGGCAAAAACGGACAAAGUUAACGAGUUGACUACCUGGAAGAAUGCAGGCGACGCGGCGGUUGGAAAGGCGAAGGAGAAGUGCACGGAGGUGGUUAAAAAGUUGAAUGGGCAGGGAAGUGAAAAAACGCCUGGUACUAAAGGAGGCGUAAAAGAUGCUGCCGAUAAGUUAAGAGAGAAGGCAGAUCAGCUUAGGCAGAAGGCGUACGCGGCUAAGAUGCAGGUUGAGAAGAAAGUGAAAGAUGCAUUGAAGGCUGUGUAUGAGAUGAAUGAAGCGCUGAAGCAGGAUCUGUGGAGCGUGAGGGAGGCGAUUACAGGUGAGGUUACGAAAAUUCAGCAGGCCAUUGGAAAUCUGCACGGGGUUGUUAAGAGUGGCGACGCAAGAAAUGUAAAUGCAGAGAAAACAAUUGUGGAAGUUAUGCAGCAUAUUCAUGAACAGGUUGGGCUUAUUAAAGGUAAAAAAACCACAGGUAUCGAAGGUAUUAUAAAGGGCAUCGAAGUUUAUGCGCUGCGAGCUGGGAGACAGUUUGAGCGAGAUAUUUUAAAGAAAUGGAUCGACAAGAUUGUUGAUGCUGAAAAUGGUCAGAUAAACAAGAGCAUGAAUUUAUUCGUUGGCACUAACUCUGAGAAAUUGAGAGGUGGCGGUGGGUUAACAGCUGUUAAAGAUGGGCUCAAAGAAAAACUUCCCGGUGUCAUUCUUAUGGCAUUGCCAGAAGUUGCAGCAAUGCAUCUUGAUAGAGCAACGGUGGGUGACAUCGCUGAAAAAUUCAAACAAUUCGGCCAGAACAUUUACGGUCAGCUGACAGGACAGACGCGAGCUGGUUUUACAGUGUCGUCAGCAGCCGAUGAAGUUGCGAAACAUCACAAGUUCAGUGGCGCACCCAAAAAUCAGUAUCUCGAACAGGCUGUUGAACACAUUUUGUAUUCUGUUGCCGUAUCGGCAACAAAUAUGGCGGAGCAGCUUUCGCAAUUUGUCACAGAGUCAAAAAUUCAGAACUUGAACGACAUUUUUGAUAGCGCAACAGUGCUUGAUACGAAUCUUGGGAAGGCACUUGGAAAGCAGCACUCUCUCGGCAGCAACAACUACGCCGAAUCCGUUGACAUCGCAAUACAAGCUAUGACUAAGAAAGCAGCAGAGCAGCUGCCGGGUGAUAGCUCAUCGGUUGACUUAACGCAGGUCAAAAGUAGUUUCACGCGGUACGGUAUGCACGUGGAUCAAAGAACAGUUGACGCCCUUAGGGAUGGUAGAAUAGAAAGCAUUACGGGUGAUAGAAACAGCAAUAAACUCCCACAUGCCAUCAAAGGGAUUAACGAUCAGGUGGUUGCUGAGACGUUGAGAGAUGUCGUAGAAGCAAAGAACGGCGGUGAUACACAAAUACACAAAGACACCUUCUCCACCCUGCGCGCCACCGUCGACACCAAUCUCGACAAAUUCACUGAAGCCGUUGAGAAGCUUGUUAAAAAGGAUGAGGUGAAUUCUACCGUCAAUGGUUACCUGGAGGAUAUUGAAAGGAUGCUAUCAAACACCGAAACGGUCAACCUCACCGCCGCUGAAAUGACUGAUCACACCUCCGUCAAAGGCUUCGUGACGAUCAAAGGCGAAAUCGACGCCGCGCUCGAAGGAAUUAAAGCUAAGGCUAAUUCGGAUUUCGACGCUGAAAAAACAGCUACACAAAAUGCACAAAUAUUUACAACUUUGUCCGCCGAAAUCACAUCCAAUCUCGACAAGCUUAAGACGGCGAUCUCAGAAGCUGGCACAAAAGUCAAAACACAGUUGGAGGCGAUUCAGAGAAACAUCGGCCGUAAAGAACACGGUGACAAAUCUGCGGCUACUAGGGGCACACUCCAAAAAAUCCACGACGACAUCGUCAACGUGCUUCGCGAUCAACUGGAACCUGUCAUCAAAUCGGUCACUGAACUACAAAAAUUCACCAAAAACGAAAAAUAUCGAUCCAUAACCUCCAUGUGUGAUUUCGUCGACAAGGAAGUCCAAGAUGCCACCAACAAACUCAUCACCCAGGCCAACAAAAACUACGUGACGUCCGUCAAAGAGAUGCUGCAGGCCUUUGCCGACAAGGUGCAGAAGGAACUAAAGCCCCUACCCGGCGAGAUUGACACCGACAGGAAGCACGGCUUUAAGGGUUUCAUGCGGACGUUGCAGGGGAAAAUCGGAGAGAAUGGUGAGACUUCGACUGACAAUGUUGACAAACUCAAGGGUCUCAUAGGUGAACUGUCAGCAAAUGUGAAUCACAAGGAGGCGUGCGCAAAAUUGUCGCAAAAAUUCAAACAGUUCUGCUCACCACUCCACGGCUACCUCAAAGAAGAGAUCCAACGAGUUCACGAAGCAAAUAAAGAGAAAAGCAAUCCCAAGCCGUCCGGCGACGAACAGCUCUACACCUCCAAACUCGACGCUGCGCAUACCGCGCUCAACAACCUACUCGAUCACAUUAGUAAUCACCGCUACAACCACGAAGUGCCCUCAAUGCUUGACCAGCUCUCCACUAAAGUCGAUGAUCUCCACCCUGAGUCAUUUAAUGAGCCAAACACUCCCCUGCUUGACGGCGUUGGCAAGGGGCUGCGUGAGUUUGCGGCUGAGCUUAGUAAAACCUAUUUAAACGCUUACGAUGGCGCUUCGGAUGGCAUGGUAUUGGUCGACGCAAGAACUACGAAAGUGACCGAUGAUGGCAAAAGGUGCGCUAAAGUGUGCCUGUCGCUGCUCUCCAUCCUGUAUUCCGAGUUCAAGACUAUACUGAAGUACUGCGUUGCAAGGUGUAAAAGCGAUCAAAUAAACAUAAACACAGACCUCGGAAAAUAUUUCGCCACUCAAGGCUACAAGGUUACCGAGGACGGGAAGAAGCACUGGGAGCUGCAGGACAGUAAAGGCAUGACAGGACUAUUCAUCUGCAAACGUAUGUUCGGAAGUGAUGAACACCACUUGUAUUACAUUGAUAAAUCCAAGCAAAACGCACUGGAUACACUGCACGACUGUCUCCAGAUAUAUUACCAAGUCUGCCACGUCGCCACCUUCUCUGCGAGGAAACGUCCAUGUAACAUAUUCGAGAUGCUUUGCUGGGUGUCUGGUCUCCCGUGCAAUAACGUUUUUGACGAAAUGUUACAUGAGACUGUCAGUGAACUAUUCGUCGAUCCAAGUAAACAGCCUGAAGACGCCGAUGGCAUCCCCGUCACAUAUAUCAGCGAUGAACCCCUCGCAGCGUACCCACUGUCGAUCGCAUAUGACGACACACGCAGGGCGGUGAAACGCCUGUGUUCGAGAUCCCACGAUAUUCUCACAACAAUCGCUGGAACCGGUGACGCGUACUCCAUGUACGCCGUGGACUACUCGACCAAUUCGCUGAACUUUCACUACCCAUCCAAGGGCGAAGAUUGCCUCCAGAUGCUAUUGGAUGUGCUUCGCAGACUACUACCCUCACUUAAAUUUUUGCAUACUCAAUGCGGCCUAAGCUCUGCAUACCACGGCUGGUCCGGCUGUCAGUACGGCAGAGGAGUCAAACACUCCAAUUGGCAAUGCGGUGAACAUCCCGCCGACGAGUCAACCGAUUGCCUACCUAGAUCGCCGUUGAUGUCGUAUCUUCGCGACUGCCUACCCGGGUGCCUGCCUCACCAGUUGGUUUCAGCGGGUCCCGAGUGUAAACGUGUCCCAAAGCUACCCGGUGCGCCAUGUAUAACACCACUUGGGUUCAGAGGUUUCUCUGAGCACGAAGACGGUAAGACAUAUGCAUGUGCUGACCAAUUUCUUCGACAUUCGAUUAACACGCUGUUCGGUCUGCUGCCCAGCCGCCAUCUACAUUGCCCGACACUUUCCAAUUUGCGUGACGCUAAGCAGUAUGUAGAUCAUGGCAAGUCCGCCAGUGAUGAUGUCAGCUUAGCUUUUGAAACAAAAACCAAAGCGCUGUCCAUCGAGCUAUACAAGGAGACAAGCAAACUCACAGGUGCGCUGCAGAAUGCAUAUCGCAACCAAACAGGCCACAACAGCUCGGGCCAUUCCAAAUCCACGGAAGCUGACUUGUGGAGCCUGUCAAGAGAAUCAUGCAAUCUACCUCAUGACAGGGAUAUUCACUGUGCUCCCUACCUCUGCUCCACAUCUUCAGAUGCGUACAAGUACCUCGCCAAAAAGCACGCCGAUCUCUACCUGUCAUGGGCUGUAUAUCUGCCGUGGACAUUCUACAGUUACCUUAAAUCGUUGCUCGAUGCGUUCCAGCAAAUUGAUUGUGGAGGCUCCGGUUGUACGAAAUGUUCGUGCAAGCCGGGUAAGCAUGGUGUCGAGUACAACUGCAAGUGCAACGCAUUGAUAAGCUGUCGUGGAGUGAUGACUACGUUCUACCAGUACGGAUUCACUUUCGGCAACGCAAAAACGCUGUAUGGAACUAACAGAAAAUUCUGCCAUAGUUUCCAUACGCAACUGAGUAAUCUGCUGAAAUCGCAAUACUUCACCAAAUUAUUUGAAGAAUGUGACAACUUCAUCUGGACCAUCAGAGAACCGUUCACCUAUCUAAUCCUCGCACUCUGGUCACUGUCCCUCUUCUACCUCAUGUGCGUGAUGGUUGGCAGACUGGAUGUGCUCCACAUCAGGUCACACCUGAGGAUACCGUCGUCGCACAGGAUAACGGCGCAGUCAUUGUUGGCGGCAGCGCAAGUCGGAAGGCUUGCCAAGAUAUCGUAUCUACAACCGUAA